UAUUCGUGUUUACUACUGACGAUGUUUUGAAAUAUUCAAACCUCUCAUGCCAUAAUUUAAGACCAUAUAUGACAUGGCAUGUGACAGUUUAUACUUUCUUCCUUCUGAAAUUGCUCGUCUGGUUUUAGGUUACCUUCAAUCCGAAGGCUACAGCAAAACAUACAAGAACUUUGUAAAAGAAUGUCCUCAUUUAAGCGAAUAUGUCAGCUUCAUGAAGAAGGGCCAAUAUUAUCCGUUGACAAUCAAUGGUUUGGCUCUUAUGCAGAUUCUGGAAGAAUAUGGGGCUCUGAGAGUAGCAGAAACUUCAAGAAAAUUAACACCUAACCCAGCUCUAAGUUCCCUAUGGUGCCAGUUUGAUUCAGUGGUGGACAAUAUCAAGAAACGAGUGGCUUCUAAUUCAAGUUUGGUGUACAAAGGCAAUGAGAAGCAACAGUCCAGGACACGAAUGCAAAUGGUGGAACGGCGGCGUAAUCAGAUCAAAGCCACCAUAACCAACGCUGAUCCAGACAUUAUCCAACCUCACAACUCCAAAACAACCAUAGCACCAUUGGUGGUGACACAGGAUAAGACUGACUCUGACUAUAGCCUAUCACAGCCAGCUUCUCCAUCAGAUGGUGGCCAUGAUGAUAACUAUUCUGAUGAAAUGUCAGUAGAUGACCCUGUUGAGACAGUAAUGGAAUUACCUACCUCACAACCAACCCAAGAUAUUUCUUCUUAUGACUUGGGUCAUAAUAAAACUUUACCAAGUCCCAGAUCAGUUAUUAAGGCUUCAGGGAGUACUUACCAAAAUUCUUCUGAAAAAUGCAAUGUGUCAGAGUGCUCAACAACAAAAAGCCAGACAGAAUUAACCGACACAGAGGUCCCUGUGGCUUCAUUUAAACCCACAAUGACAUGUUCAACAGAAUCUGGCAUACAUGUUGACACAGAAAUGACUGAUGCUCCAGGCUCUCCAUCCCGAUCUGUUGCGCUUGUGCCAUCACUCAAAACCCCUGUCAAACACCAUACCACUCAGGAACCUCUAUUGGAGAAGUCACCAAGGCGCAAGAGACCACCGAAGAGGAAACCACAGGGAGAGCAACGUAAACAGAAUAAGUCUGACUCCGGUGUUGUACAGGGUAUUGGUAGCCACAAUGAAAGUAGUAAUAGCACAGACGGAUCAGCUCUGGAAAAUUCAUUCCCUCAAAUCUUGGAGCACAUAAUGAACGACCCUUUGCUUCCUCACAAACUGGCAGAGAACAUCAACAAAAGUCUACACCCUGAGGUGAUUCCAGAUCCUGGUACACCUGCUGCCCUGCCUUCUGUCGAUGUGGUUCCAGAGAGUCCCUUUAUGGGCCGCUCUCUAGAGGACAUACUGGACCAGCAGGAAACACAGAUGCCAGCAUCUUCCAUCAAUGGAAUUAUAGAGCUAACGGAAAAGGAUCCCAAUUUUGAAUGGUUGUUUUCUGCUGGUGUUUGCUAUCUUGACGAGGUCACCCAUGACCGUGAUUUUACAGACCACAAGGGUCGUAGCAAUGGACUCCAGUCCUCGGCCAGAAACACAACACAACAGCCACAACCUGGCUCCUCAGGUUGUAGGGUGGACACUGUUCCAGCUUCCAGUAUGUCGUUUGAUGUGGUGCCAUCAGAUAACAUUCAUUUUACACCUCCUACAAGUUUUAUGCCAAUAUCAGACGACACUGAAAACAACUUGUUCAAAAUAUCUAUGCAAAAUUUUUCAAACCCACCAACAAGCAAUGAUGAAUCAUUUCACAACCUUCCUGAAUAUACAACAGUUAGUGGAACUGGUUUUCCAGUUACAGACAGUGUGCCACUGUUAAAUCAGCCAGUGACAAGUAGUAUUCCAGUCCUAUUGCCUGUUACAACUUCUUAUAGUGCUUCUCGGACAUCUGCUACCUCAUCUAUACAAAGUGUGACUGUUUGUGUGACAGCUCAGCCUCUAGAAACUGCUGUCACAUCUCAUCAACCGAUCACCUCUAAAAUUUCAUCUAAGCCAAUCACAACAGCAGUGACAUCCAUACAACCAAUCACCUCGUCGUUCUCCUCUGAAAGUGUUAAAGAGACAGUUGAGUCCACGCUAACCUCACCACACGGCUUUCCAGUGUUGUCUCUCAGGAGUUCUGUUAAUGAUGAUGACUUACCUGAUCCUUUAUCGUCCUUCACCAUACAAUCUCCAGUUAAGCCAUGUGUGACGAGUCAGUGUUGCACCAAUGAAGGGAAAGGAAGUGUCGCCUCAGCAACAUAUUCGUCGUUUGUAAGCGGCAUGGGUGAAGGACAACAUAGCAGUACUCCUAUUACAGCACGAUCAAAUAGUCUUGUUCUACCUUGUAUGACAGGCAUUUCAUCAAGUGCUGAAUUCACACAAUAUUCCUCAGUUGCUCCAACCUCUUCCCAAAUGGUUUUUGCCAAGCCCCAUUCAACUGUUCCGACUGUCUCCCCAAAAUCUUUGCCAACCGUAAACCUUAAAAGCCUUUUGGACAAGCUUGAAGCUAAAGCCAAGGGAGAGAUAGUAGAGAUAGACCUACCAACAAAACCUCCAGCCAAACCAAGCAAUAAGUGCAGAGGCAGGAAGAAAAAUCACCCACCAAAGAAGACCUCCCCAAAACGUGUUGAGCCCAAACCCUUAAAUCCAUCAGCUGGAGCAAACUGGUCUUCAGAAUUGUCAGCUUUAGUGAAGAUAACCUCUCCUGAGAAAUCUACACCACAUGUCAUACAGAGGUCAAACAUCAAAAAGACACGUGUCACAACAUCAAAUGAUGCGCAUAUGUCAGAUAUGAACAGUAAUCAGACUGUUCCACAGACCAGGGCCAAGAAAACUAACAAGGGAAAUGAAACAGUUAUGGCUGUUUUGUCACCGAAUGGUAGCUGUGUCCAUCAUGUGCCUGUCCUGGAAGUUAACUCCCUUAGUGAGGUGGCCGAUGCUAAGGAUUUAGUUCCAAUGGGACAACUUGUUCCAACAAGUCUUCCUGUGGUGACAUCAUCACCUGUAACCAUGGCAACAACACAAACUUCAAUGACAUCACAACUGGUGACUUUAUCAUCCCAGAGUCACUCUUUCUUAUCAGUGCCUUUGUCAUCUCCACCACCUGAGACAUCCUCACUUCAAACUGAGUGUUCCUCAAGUGUGGUGAUGACAUCAACCUGUUUACCAUUUGUGCAGACUGAUGCUCCACAGACUCCCCCUACAACUAGCUGUCACACAGAGUAUCCCAGCAUGCCAGACCUUUGUGGUACCCAGCCCUCUCUGCCUGUACCUGCUACCACCUGUGACAGACCCAAGGAUACGCAACUAGAUCAUGCUACUGUCCUCGGUGAUGCUUACUCAGCCGAUCGGGACUUUCUGGAGUCUCCCUGCUCUGAUAUUGGUACUGGUGAUGGAUCGACUCCUUCAGAUAAUUUAAUUGAGACUUGUGCUACGUCCAUAAAUGAGGAUCUCAAUCGUUAUUGUGGAAUUCCUAUCAACAAAUUAACACAAAGAGAUAUACAUGUGCGACCGCUUGACUUUAGUUCUCAAGUACCACAAACAAGUCCGACAGAGGUCUCCUCUCCUAUUAGGCAACCUUCGUUUGGUCGUGGCAAGAGAACUCCUGCCACAAAUAAGAAGAAAAUUGGCAGGCCUCCACAAAGGAGAUCAACACGUGGAAAGUCACAGUCAAUCACUGAUGAUAACAUUAGUUCUCCAACAACAUCAAAAGAUGUGAAAAAUGGUCCACCACAGAAUGAUAUGACCCCUAGGAGAACUGGAAGUUCACUGGAGAAGUUUGAGUCCUCUGCAGGCUCAUUGGAAUGUCAUGCCUCACAACAAGUAUCUGACUCCCCACUGAGAAACAAGGCAUCCCAGGACAAUUCCACUACCACUCCUUCACACAAAGUCAAAAAGGCCCUGGCAGUGACACCACAUCAAGGCAGAAGUCUGUAUGAUGAAUCAGUGAGCACACCUCAUCAAGACUUUGAGUACAGCCUAGCAGGUACACCCAACCAACUCACAAUAUGUACACCAACUCGUACAGAUGACAUACCAACAAAAGGAGAUGCAUCUCAACGACAAGUUUUAACCCUCGGAAAUGUUGGAGCAUUAAGUCUACAGGAAGUUGUAAAUUCUCCAUCUCUUCAUGAGGAUAUCACAAGUCGAGAUAGUGUUUUAUCUCUUCAGGUCCUAAGCCCUUCAUUACAUAAUAGUGAGCAAAACAGCCAUAAAAAGCCAGCUGAGUUAACCACUGACAUAUCAGAUUUAAAGCUUAAGGACCAUUAUAGCAAUGUAGAUAUAGAAAGACAAAAGGAAAUUAGAAAUUCACAUUCUGUCGCAGAAAAUGAGAACAUUGUAGAAUCAGAGGUUAACACUGCAGUUUUGUCUAUUCAAGAUAAUACUACUUGUAUAGAGAUUUGUAAGUCUAGUUCUGUCACCAUUAUGGAGAAUAAAAAUAUGAAUGUAAUAGGCAUGGAUCCUCGUUCACCGAUCCCUGACACUCAAGGAAAAAUGUACAAUUCCUCACAGGACACACUUAAACAACUGUCUUACUCCGGCGACCAGAGAUCUGAAGAAGUGGUAAACACUGAUAAUCGACAAUCAUCCACACCGACUGAGGUCAAGGACAACAGCCAUUGGUCAGCUUCUAAAGACACAUUCCUGGACCAGCAGUCCGACAUUAAUGUUCAAUCAGUGACCACCUCCCAAAGUAAGCAAACAGUUGUCCAGAGUGAAAUGACUCAGAACAGGACACAUUCUGAUUCAUCGUUCUCCCAGUCUGUAAACUCCAAUCUAAACACAUGUACUGCAUCAAACACAACUACAAAUAAUCAUGCCCACUUAAUCAACCCAACGGAAGCUCAUGAUACCCAGCAACCAGAAGGAAAUAUCAACCCAUCACAAGGCUACCAAAAUGUUUCACCAUCGACAAUCACUUCAGCAAAUAUAUUGGAAGAUGCUAUGCUGCAAGUGUUUUCUGCUUCCGAUUCACAACAAACAUUUUUCAGUCCUAAUCCUGUUCUUACUGAUUCACAAGUAAUAGAGAGUUCCACUGCAAAUAAAGAGCCUACAUCUUGUAAAGGACCAACAUCCCAAAUGCUCAGUUCUUCAACACCUGUGGUUAGUCAGACACAGUUCAUCGUUUAUUCUCCUCUUCCUACCCAGACAGUGUUGUCCUCAACUCCUCCAACAACUAUGAUUCACUCUGCAGCUCCUGUAUUAACUCAUUCUAAAUUUGUAGUCAAAUCAUCAGCUCCUGUUGUGACACCAGCAACAUUCAUUGUUACAUCACCAACAUACCCAGUGGUGGUCAACUCGCCUGCACCUUUAGCCAGUCAUUCGCAGUUUGUCAUAAACUCUCCUCUGAUGGUUAAGUCACCAGCAACUCCAUUGAUUGUCAAUUCACCGACUACCCCACAAGUAGUCCACUCACCUGCCGCUGUGUUGGCUACUGCCCCAUACAAAAGUGUGUGUUCUCCAGCUCAACACAAAGUGUCUUCAAGAGCUCCUACUCCUCAGAUGGAGCCUGCAGAUUUCAUCCCUGAUCGAUCUGGUACAAUCUAUGUUACUCCAAAUGUGCUGGCACAGAUGUCGUGCGAGAAAGGUCUAGUUGUGCAGCAGGAGAGAGCAGCCACUACUUCCUCCAUUGAACCAUGUCCGAGUGAUCGGUCUGCUGUAGACAAAUGUGGUGUUACCGGUAGGCCUGAUGUAGGUCAAUCUCCGCGUGGUCAAUAUCAAUCUGACCAGGAUAUCUUUGCAGAGACUACCGAUGAGGAGGUGGCUGAACCUUCCCAAGUUUUACCAACACAAUCAGAAGUGGCAGCCAUCACAGAGGUCUCCCACGAUAUCGCCAAGAUUCCUUCUCUGUUUGAUACUAAGGAUGGUCACAACCAAGUUACGACACAAGCAGAGAACGCAUCACCCCACUGCAGCAAAGAUAGACACAGUCCAAGGUAUUUCUCUGCUCUGAGUAACAGUAAUGACACACCAGUGUGUGAUCCGACGUCUACAAUGGAGGCAUAUCCAAAUAGUCCUAACAGUGGAGAGGUGAAUCUUCAGAAGGAUCCUUGUCAUUCAGCAUUACCAGAGACCACAAAUCACGUCUCGCAGCAAAGCGACAGUGAAGAAGAUAUAGAUAUACUCGGGGACUGGGAUCCUGAUUUGUCAGCAGAAGAGAUAAACACAGCUUCCAUAACUGAACAUACCAUAAGCCAUGACAGUUCACCUUUGUCAAGUGAUUCCUGUAGUCCUUCUAAAAGGUCAGCCUGGCAAGCAGGCUUUGCCACAAAGCCUUCCUCGACCACCUCGGCUUUUAUCAGGAAAAUUCUAGAACAGAAAAAUACACGACAGACUUCUGAAAAGAAAAGUCCUUCAUGUACAGAAAAAGUUUCCUUAAAAACACAGACCACUUCACAGAAAAGUCCAGUGUUGCACACAAAAAAUUCAGUGUUCACUCAGAGUAAUGCCGACACUAAGUCAGCACAAAACAGGCCCGUCUCUAGCGACCAACACUCAAAAGAAAGAACUCCAAGGCGAAUGCAAGUUAUCACCUUAAGUAAGGAAGUGUCCAAGGUCAGCAAAGAUUCUCAAAAUGCUGUGCAAAGUGCACGAGGACCAUUCAAACAUCCCCAAGAACUCACGCCAAGGAAAACAUCACACAUGAGUGGCAAAAUUGCAAGCCAUGCAAAACACUCAAUCAGUAGUGAAAAAACUUCUAGGGGUGAACAUUCAGCAGAGAAAGAUGUGUCAUCUCAUCAACAAUAUGUAACUCCACCCAAGAAGAGAUUCACUGCCUCUCUUAAAAGUGGUGAUGGGUUGUACUUUGUUUCUGAAACACAAGGCAGUCAGUCAACUGAUAACCAUUCACACCAGACAGAGAGUCACAAUUUCCAGUCCAAGUCCUCACAGAAAUAGAAAGUCAACUUUGAUCCCGAGGAAGGAUAUGGAUUCAUUUCACACAAUUAAACCAGACAAUAAAACUUCAGAUAACUAUCAUAGAAGUUCAUCUCAUGCUUCAGGUGACCAUAGAACUUCAAAAAGUCCAUCUCAUAAAAAAGCUUUUGACAAAACAUCACAAAGUCCAUCGCGUCAUAAAACAACAGAAAGGUCAUCACGAAGCCCGUCUCACCAUAAAAUAUCAGAAAAGUCAUCACAAAAACAACCUCAUCAUAAAACAUCAGAAAGGACAUUGCAAAGUCAAUCUCCACAUAGACCAGUUGUAGACAGAACUUCAGAAAGCCCUUCAAGAUGUAAUAGUGAAAAUCUGGAGAGAGUAAAUGCAAGUCCAAAUAUCAGGCGGAAAGUAUUUGAAACCAGUGAUAAAAGAACAAUUGGUAAAAGUGAAAACAACACUUCUCGUGCAUACAGAGAUCAUGAUAAUAACAAAAAAGGUGUAGAGAGAGGACGAACAAUUUCAUCUUUUGGACAGUCUAGUUCAUCAUCCACAUACCACAAAAUAUCUGAAUCAGGAGCAUCAAAUACAGAUACAACCCAGCCAAGAACAUCCCCAACUCCAAAACGAGGGCACAAGCGUCGAGAGGACAGCCGCCCCACAGGGGAAGUCAAAGCGAAAAAAGCCAAAAAGAGCAACAAGCCGAUAGAUUUAACCAAACUGGAUGUCGACAGGUUUCUGAACAGUGAUAUAUACAUCAAGGGCAUAUUGGAAAAAUGAUCAAUGUUCAACAUAGCACUAAAACUGGUUACAGGAACUUCAGUUUAGAACAUAGCACCAUCUCUAUGGUGACAGGACCUGUGAUGUACAACAUAGCACCAUCUCUAUGGUGACAGGACCUGUGAUGUACAACAUAGCACCAUCUCUAUGGUGACAGGACCUGUGAUGUACAACAUAGCACCACCUCUAUGGUGACGGGACCUGUGAUGUACAACAUAGCACCAUCUCUAUGGUGAUGGGACCUGUGAUGUACAACAUAGCACCACCUCCAUGGUGAUGGGACCUGUGAUGUACAACAUAGCACCAACACUAUGGUGACAGGACCUGUGAUGUACAACAUAGCACCACCUCUAUGGUAAUGGGACCUGUGAUGUUGUAGUACAACAUAACACCAUCUCUAUGGUGACAGGACCUGUGAUGUACAACAAAGCACCAUCUCUAUAGUGAAUAGAACUAUAAUUUACAACAUACCAGACAGUACCAACCGUAUGGUGAUGGGAUGUUUAAGUAAUUUACCAAGCAAAUUUAACUGUGCAAAUUAAGAUUUUAUGAUGAAGAGCAAAUACUGGACUUGACAAAAAAACUUCCUUUAUAAAAUUCGUCAUGAGGCGGGCUUGAAGAUCAUUGAUGAUGUUUUGGAAUGUAACAAUGUCUGUUUUGAUGAUUAAUACAUGUAUUAAAUAGAUUUAGCUCUCUGUUAGUCCAUAACCUUUUAUGAUAGAUAUAGGUAAUGUUUUCAAUUGCCAGUCUUUCUUUUCUUAUAUGUAUCAUUGUGAAUGUCUCUUGAAAAUGAAGUACUGAAUAUUAUAUAGGUCGAUACUAAUGUUCAUAUUUUCAAUACAAGGUACAAGAGUACAUAAAAAAUGUAGUAUUUUAAGAGUAUUUCACAUAUAUAGGGAUGAGCUUUCUAGACACUCCAGUUAUCUGAAUCACUGGUAGUGUGUGCCAGUGUAUGUACAUUUUUACUGGUGCUUAUUCUUUACAAUAGAUUUUUAAAGAUUAAAACUAGAUUAAUAAUUUAUUAUAUAUAUAUAUUAUGAUUUUACCAUGAAUAAACAUGCAGUAUGUUGCACAAAUGUAAAUAUUACAAUCAGCUCUCGGAUACUUGAACACUUGUGUGAGGGCCUGGGUCUAACACACUAAGCUGGCAGUAUCAGGAGAGUUUAAAAAGCUAUAAUCAGUAUAGUUACUUUGAUUCAUCACAAAUACUUUCUUAAUUAUCCUCCUUUAAAUGAGAUGGACUAAAUUUUUGUUGUUGCAAUAAGUAUGUACCUGGGUAAGCUUGAAUUGGUGAAGAUCAUAUUAAAUUUAACCAAUAUAAGUUAUUUGUUUGAAUGUAGAUAUUUCAUAGUUUCCUUUUUCAUUUUGUGUUCCGUUUUUGGUGAAGUAUUAUAAACUAUUAUUUAUUUUGUUAUGUUAAUUUAUUAACUUUUUUUUUUUUUCUCGUGAUUACUGUUAUGACAAAAGAAAUUUCUCAGGAAGGCAACUUCUUUCUUAUGACAAAUGUGAAUCCAGAAAUGUCUUUUAAUUGAAAUCUGGCAUUUUAUCAAUUUCUUACAUCUGAAUGAUAAUCCCUUAUAUAACAAAUUAUUUGAUUAGCGCCUCCCAUUCAAACCAAACAGAGAUCAAUUUUAUUAGUACAGUUUUUUCUGGUCCUUGAGAAUCAAAUGAAAUCUUAUCAUGGAUAUAACACCAUCAGGUAACUUAUUAAAAGUUAAGGUUUACCUAUAUCACCCAUAGGUGUGCAGUGCUGUACUUGUUAAUUAGGUGAAUGGCAUUUAUGUGCAGUGAAACAUUUUCAACAUUUUGCUUAGCUGUAAAUUUUAAACCAUUCAAGAAAGUGUCUUUUCUUUGUUAUUUUGAAAACAAAAUUAUGGUUAGAACUAAUUAAACAUAUUUUGCAAUCUUUUAAAUGGCGUAUACAUUUAUUACCUCCUCUUUCAUAACACAGUGAUUUUUACGGAGUAUUUGUAGGAUAUGUAGAAAUUACAUUGUGAAUUAUAAUAAGAAGUGAGCGGAAUAACUUUCCUUGUUUUUGUGAUCUUUAAUGUGGGAAGUCUUGAUUUUGGUGGACUUGUCCUUUAUAAUGCUUGUGUGUUUGAUUUAUUUGAAUGAGUAGGGUCAAAUGUCAUAGUCAAAGAGGAAUGAAUAGGUUAGAAGUCAGAAAUCAAAGUUACAAUGUCAAUUUAGAGUUAUCAUGACAUUUUUUUUGCACAAAUUAACAAAUUUGAAUGGAAAUUAUUCCCUUUUGGUUAUAAUUUUUCAAUGUGCUCUGAAGAUCUAGUCUGAUGGGGAGGUCAGAUGUGGUAUAAGAAAUUUAUGUACAUGUACCAUAUAAAUAUACAACAGAGAAAUAAAUUACUAGUAAUUCUGUAUUGUCCGAAAUCUCAUAAAGAAAAUAAAAUACACAUAGUUUGAAGGUUAUGAAAAUACCAGUUUUGUUUGCUCUUCAUAAAUAUAUUUAAGUUACGAUAUGGGUAACAUGUUACCUCCCUUUACAUGGUAUUUAGUGGCUAGUAUCUGUAACAAAUGAGGCAGAACUUAAGAAAUAAUAGGGUAUAUAAUUUUCUGAAUCAUAAACUAAAUCAUUGUUAUCAUUAAAUGAAUGCAUAAUAUU